AUGGUGGUUGUCCGAGAAUCUCCUCGGGCCAAGGUAUCGCCAGACAAGGCCGCCGCUCUAUGGCCGCCAAAGUCUCCCUUCCAGGCGCUGCUGUCAUCCCCGAACGGCCGGAAGAAGUGGCAAGACCACACAGGCACGGGCGUAGAGCGGUCGCCUUCACCUUCGCCAGUCAAGCGGCCAUUGAGCAGCGCCGGUAUGGUCCAAGCACUCUCUGGCGAUAGUAACGUGGAUAUGGCGGACAGAGAGGACCUGGACGAGGAGGAGCACAACGCCAUGCUGGAGCUGGAGAAGGUGAAGCUGGAACUGCGGCUAAACAAGAUACGAAAGCAGAAGCAGAAGAAGCUUGCCGAAGUUGAUGGGCGGGUGAACUCUGCUGUGCGCAAGCAGCCAAAUCUGGCGGAUCGACCGCAUAUACUUGCUCGUGGAAACCUUCCGCGCCCAGGUGAGCAGCCUUCAGCUGAGCAGCCGAACGUCGAAGUACCGACGUCGCCUGUCAGACGUCCAGCAGCACCUAUUGAGCAGCUUUCACCGGCUCGGAAACGUCUAGGCCUGGCCAGCGUUCCACGAGCGCAAAAUGUGUCUUUAAAGCGGCCCCGAGACGGCAUACAGAGCAGACGAUCAGAUGUGAUGAAUACUGUAGCCAGCUCUGACCCGCGAAAUGCACCUUUGAGCUUUAACGAGCGACUUCGCGCCUCGAAGACGGAAGCGGACGUCAAGGAUGCCAAGUACGCCCGGAUAGAGCGAUCAAGAAGCAAAGCCUUCGAUUUCAAGCCCGAAGUACAAACGCCGCUACGAAGUGAUACAACACGGCGCGAGCAACCUGCAACCGAUGGCAAGCGACCAUCAUCCGCUCGUGGCACACAAAGUGCUCGUGGUCUGGGACUGGCUUCCACCACAAAGCUCAAGCAAGCCUCAGCCGCGAGUUACGAUCCUUUCUCCGAAAUCCAUCUCAGCAAGCGGCAUGUCCCACACGUUGACGUCGCUCGCGCCGUGGAACAAAACGAGAUCUACAUGCUUCCUCGCCUAUUAAAGGAAGUCAAGGCGCCAGACUACGACCCACCUGACUGCGAGUCCGACUUUGUGGUUUUCGCCAUUCUAGCCUCCAAGUCAUCGCCCUUCGAUCAGAAACAGAAGCACAAGACCAGUGACGAGGGCAGGCCGCAAGAGGAUGCCACCGCACCUCGCAACAAGUUCAUGGUACUCAAGCUGUGCGACCUGAAGUGGGAGAUUGACUGCUUCCUCUUCGGCACAGCCUUCGAUCAGUUCUGGAAGCUGACACCGGGCACUCUGCUUGCAAUUCUCAACCCAGCCAUUCUUCCACCCAAGGGUAACCAGCAGAGCGGCCGCUUCAGCCUCAAGCUAGGCAGCUCCGAGGACUGCGUCAUGGAGAUUGGUGUCGCGCGCGAUCUAGGUUACUGCACGAGCGUCAAGAAGGACGGCGAAAAGUGCGGCGAGUGGGUUGAUAAACGUUCCACCGAAAUCUGCGAGUUCCACUUAAACCUCUUCAUUGAGAAGCAGCGGAAGUCGAGGAUGGAAGUCAACACUAUGUGGCGUGGACACGGCGGUACGAGUUCCAAGUCUAACAGCCGGGAGCUCGGAGACGGCGAGUUCGACCGCAGCAUGAAAUACAAACGCGGCAUGACUGUUGACCGAGAGUGCGGGAGACUGUAUACAGUCAAUACAGGCAUGGGCCGCUCCGCAGCUUCUCUACUCGACGCAGAAGGCGAGGCAUGGCUGGAUCAACGCACCGGGUCGGAGAUGAGUCGUAAACGCAUCGCCGCCGCGGAGAAAGAACGCGAGCUGCAAAAGGAGCUGAAGAAGCUUCUACCAAAAAGCGACGAGAGCGUUGGAGCGGAGUACAUGCGCGCCUGCAACCACGUAGAAGCCGCACCGCCGUCUGAUGCUAUGGACGAAAAUACGCCCUACUUCGCCAAACCCUCCGCCGCUGAGCUGGGGCUGCUCUCCAACCGCGCCAGCGCCGUCCACAUGAGUCCGGCCAAAGACCGAAAGGCGCAUUUCGGCCUCGGCGCACUGUCAACAACCACAGGUCGAGACGCGGUAGGCUGGGGCGGUGCGCGGAACGCGAAGCUGUUGCAGCCCAAAGAGAUAUCGAGAAGCAGUCCGGCGAAAGGACAGACGAAGCUAAAUCCCGCCGUCCGUGCGCGGUCGCGAGACGGGACUGUAAGUCCUUCGAAGAAGCGAGCGAGGUUCAUGUUGGCGGAGAAGGGGUUGAGGGAGCCUGGGCGGGAGAGUGGAGGGGUGCGGGAACUGAACGUCAAGGGUUUGGGUGAUGACGAUGAUGAUGACCUGGAUAUUGUAUAG